UAUUUUUGGGAAUGCUAACACUUAAAACAUUUAUUUUAUGCUGGCAAACAAGUUUGCCGCCAUGUUCAUAAAUAUGGCUGCCUUGUUGUUGGCGACUGUUGGGUGCUUGUUUAGAAAUUAAUGUUUGUUUCUUUCGUUUAUUAUGAUUUCAAUUAACUGCAUCUGUAAAAUAUUGCAGCUUAGGGCGGAUAACAUAAUAUAUUGAUUUUACUUCACCGAGAGACCCACAGUUGUCCAAGAGGAGAGCUUUCUUUUAUAAAUGAGCCCCACCUAGUAAUAUAAGCUUGUAGCUAUCAUAAGCAGUUCUGUUUUGUAGAGAACUUGGAUAAUAAUGUCCAAGAUGUGGCCGGCAUCGCAGUAUUCACACAGCAAUGCGCCCGCACCCAACAAUACAGGAAAACCUAAUGAACAUCAAAACCAACAGAAUUUGAAGACCUUGGGCAUGACCUCUGCCAUAUCCAUGGCAGGUCCAAAGCCCAUUGAUAUAGAAAAAACCACAGAAUUGAAAGAAUCCCUGAUCCCUUAUGGAGUUUUUGAGUCGGAACAAGAGAUGCACCACCGAAUGGAAGUGCUAGGAGCCCUCCAUAGACUAGUGAGACAAUGGAUCAGAGAGGAAUCGAUGCGCAAGAAUAUGCCUCCCAGUGUAGCAGAAACUGUUGGGGGAAAUAUUUAUACAUUUGGAUCUUACAGACUUGGAGUGCACCACAGAGGUGCUGAUAUUGACGCUCUAUGCGUAGCGCCGCGUCACAUAGACAGGAUUGACUAUUUUGCGUCGUUUUACGAAUUACUGAAGGCGCAACCACAGGUAAAAGAUUUAAGAGCUGUAGAGGAUGCUUUUGUACCCGUCAUUAAAAUGAACUUCGACGGGAUAGAAAUUGAUUUGCUCUUUGCCCGAUUGGCGCUUAAGGAAAUACCAGAUUCCUUCGAUCUCCGAGAUGAUAUGCUCUUGAAAAACUUGGAUCAGAAAUGCGUGCGCUCACUCAAUGGUUGCAGGGUUACUGAUGAGAUCCUUCGUCUCGUGCCUAAUAUAAAUAACUUCAGGCUCACACUGCGCGCCAUCAAACUGUGGGCGAAACGUCAUGGCAUUUAUUCCAAUACUCUUGGAUAUUUGGGUGGUGUGUCAUGGGCCAUGUUGGUUGCCCGGACCUGUCAGCUAUACCCCAAUGCGCUGCCUGCAACAUUGGUACACAAAUUUUUCCUGGUCUUCAGCCAGUGGAAGUGGCCCCAACCAGUCCUACUGAAACAACCUGAUUCAGUAAACCUUGGUUUCCCUGUUUGGGAUCCCAGAGUGAACAUUUCGGACCGAUUUCACCUGAUGCCGAUCAUCACGCCAGCAUACCCGCAGCAAAAUUCCACAUUCAAUGUAUGUGCUUCCACUAGGACGGUCAUCAUGGAGGAAUUUAGAAUUGGUUUGGCGAUAACUGAUGAAAUAAUGCUUGGUAAAUGUGGAUGGGAGCGUUUGUUUGAGGCCCCCAACUUUUUCUCGCGGUACAAGCAUUUCAUUGUGCUUUUGGCUUCCUCUGCCAGUCCAGAUGACCAGCUUCAGUGGUGCGGGCUCAUUGAGAGCAAAAUUCGACAUCUAAUCACAACAUUGGAACGUAACACCCACAUCACAAUCGCACACGUCAACCCGGAAUGCUACAAUUCAGUUCCACUUAACACUAAUAACGGACAGCCUCUCGCCUUGCCACCAGGAGCUCCUAUGCCAGCCGACCCAUCGCCAGAAGUAAAAAAGAACGAAAAUGGUGAAGUAAUAGCGAAUUAUUGUUCUAUGUGGUUUAUUGGGCUGGUAUUUGAGAAGACAAACUUGAAUGUGGAUUUGACGUGUGAUAUCCAGACGUUUACCGAAGCCGUUAACUAUCAAGCAGAGAACACUAACAUGUUGCGAGAAGGCAUGACUAUCGAGGCACGCCAUGUAAGACGUAAGCAGUUGCACCAAUAUCUUUCGGCGUCCUUGCUGCGUCGCGAACGGACCUCCUCGGGCACCAAGCGCAAGAAUCACGACCGCCCGCCACCGCCGCCUGGACCUCUCAAGAAGACCAAGCGACUCUCCGAGAGCAGCACGGAGGAAGUUGGUGUAUUAUCGUUCAAUGAGGACUCAAAUUCGUCUAACGUAUACGAAGUGAACUUGCACAACGGAGCGACGCAGCAUGCGGGGGCCGAGGCCGAGAUCGCGCGGCCGAAGCCCGCCACGGAGAAGGCCGAGCAUCCACCCUCCACGUCGAACUCCAUCGCCUGUACGUAGCAGUACGAGGAGUGGCGUACCAGGUUCAUAUAUGGAACCGCCAACGUCAAGCUCACCAGAAAACGAGUGUAAAUGUUAGACAGUGUACUAAGUGAUCAACAUACUCAUGUGAUUAUAGUGUUUAAGAACUUGUGAUAGUUAAGAUUCGAACAAUUAUUGCAAUUUCAAUGGUGCAAAUGUGUGACGUUUUGGUGUUGCCCUGCUGAUUAGGACUGACGGUUUCAUUAUGGUGAGUAUUUUAUCCACUUGUAUGAUUCAUGAUUAUCAAUUAGGUACAUUAAUAUAUAACAGAGUAGCUAGCAAAUGGAGUGCUAAUCUAGAUUUCAAUUAAAAAA